AUGAAAGGGACUGAAGUGUUUGUUGGCGGUUUGCCUGUUACCGCUACCGAAUCUGCUAUUCGUGAGGUGUUUUCUGGGUGUGGGGAGAUUGUUGAUGUACGCCUGAUAAAGGAUCAGAAAGGCAAUGCAAAGGGCUUUUGCUUUGUACGUUUCUCGACAAAGGAGGCUGCUGAUAAAGCUCUGAAAGAAAAAUCUGGAGUUGUGCUUGAUGGAAAGAAAAUUGGUCUUCGACCAUCAACCGAGCAGGAUACGUUGUAUUUUGGAAACCUCAACAAAGGUUGGAAUGCGAAUGAAUUUGAAGCUCUAGUGCGUCAGGUCUUUCCGGAUGUUCUUUCUGUUGAUCUUGUCUCUCUUCCUGGAGAGUUACAGUCUGAAAAGAAGAGAAACCGUGGUUUUGCUUUUGUGAAGUUCACAUCUCAUGCUGCUGCUGCGCGGGCUCUCCGAGUGGGUUCAAAACCAGAAUUUCUUCUUGGAAAUUUGCAUCCAGCUGUUCAGUGGGUUGAGGAGCAACCUGAGAUUGAUCCUGCAGUACUAUCUAAGAUCAAAAUUGCAUUUAUCAAGAAUCUUCCUGGCAAUGCUGAUGAGAGCUUCUUGAGGAAAUUGUUUGAGCCUUUUGGAGAGAUAGAAAAGGUUGUCUUAUGGAAGAAAGGGGGCCUUUCACUCGGUUUUGUUCACUUCACCAAGAGAUCAGCUCUAGAAAAUGCUAUAAGAGAAAUGCAUGACAAGAUAUUACAAUGGCCGGAAGGUGGUCCAACUCAUAAGCUAUCUGUUGAGAUUGCGAGGCCUACUGACAAAAGCAAAAAGCGCAUACGUGAGGAUUCGCAGAGCAAUAUGGCGAACAAAGUUCCAAAUAAUCUAGAAUACAUCCCUGGUGUCAAGCCGGAAAGUUAUCGAUGUAGUGUCGUUAAGCCCUUUGGUCAAAAGGAAGAAGUAUAUGAGGACCCUUAUGAAGCUGCUGUAUUGUCAUUACCUGUAACUGUCAAAGAGCGGCUUCUUCGGAUAUUACGACUUCGCAUUGCUACUCGAUUUGAUAUUGAUAUCCAAAAUAUAACCAGUCUCAAGCAGUUACCGGAAUCGACUGCAAUAUCUGUACUUGAUCAGUUCAUGUUGUCAGGUGCAGAGGCCAGAAACAAGGGAGUUUAUCUUGCUGGAUUAAUUGCUAGGUAUCAGGGUGAGCAUCAACGAGCAAGUCGAUCUCCUGGUGGUAUGUCAAGGGUAGGUGAUUAUGCAGCUACUGGUUCGGGUGUCUCCAGCUACUCAGAUAGAGUUCUAUAUGCGCCUGAUGAUUCUUUUGGCCGUUCUGUGGGCUCUGGAGUUAGGUCCGAGAAGUAUGUGCCACACUAUUCCGCCGUGGUUCCAGACUACCCCAUGUUGAGUCGACCUUUACUAGGAAGAGCAGAAACGAACCAUUCUCCACUGCAACCAACAUCAACUUCUUAUGCUCCUUAUGCAAAGUUAAAGCUGAGUCCUGAGAUGGAUGAUUUAGUUUCUGGUGUUCCAACCACUUAUGCCGCAUUUAGGCGUGAUGCUGUUGCUGCCAGUCCAUUAACUCAUCGUCAAGUUAAAGUUGGUGAUAUGGCUGACAGUCCAACAGCUCGGCCCCAAGUGAGAUUCAGUGACGUGUCUGGUCAUCCAUCUACUCAAUUUGCCGGAAGACUUGAAGGGGUGCUUGAUCGUCCCCUCUCGCGCCCCCAGGUUGGAUUUGAUGAUGUUACUAACCGACUGCCAUCUCAACCCCGAGUUAGAUUUGAUCCUUACACUGGUGAACCAUAUAGAUUUGACCCUUAUACUGGCGAGCGAAUUCUUCCCUAUACUUGA